AUGUAAGAAGCAUCUGAAGGCAUCGUUCACGCGGAUGUGACGUCGACCCCGUGCUUUUGAAAAAGCGGCGGUUUGCAGCUCCACCAUUUUUCUAUAAAACGAUACUAACUACUAUUUUAUCGCAACCAACCACCACGAAAACAAAAACGAUCCUGGAACCUGUAGGAUCCUUUACUGCACCAGGAUCAUGCAGUCGCAGCAGUAUUCAAAGGAGCGGGGGCUCCUGGGCAAACUGCAUCCGAGUGAGAAGAAACUGGAGGGUAAGACCUUCUACCUGGACAACGUGAAGAAACGCUGCACAACUUUGCUUUUGGAGGCCAUAUCUCUACUAGGAGGGCGAGUUGAAAGUUUUCUGCACAAAGACGUAAACUUUGUCGUGACUGGAAACCAAGAGGGUCUGAAUCAGGAGAAGAAGAGUUUAGAGGCCAACGAAGGAGCAAAGAGGACGAGUGACGGAGCCCAGCAUCUGACGAAAGAACGGGAGAGCGAUAAACCGCGACCAGGGACUCCUAGACCAAUGGUUUGUGGAAGUCGAGGGAAGGCUCUGCUCGAAAAAGCCAUUCGCAACAAUGAGCGACUGAAGGGGAGCAGCGUUUUGUCCAACGCUCGUUCCUGGGGGGUGAAGAUUCUGUAUGUGGAGGAUGUCCUCUUGUAUCUGAAGCAGCUGACUCGAGAGAGUUUCACCACCAAACGCAAGAGGCCGGAGAAGGUUUACACCAAACAACAACAAGGGUCUCCUGCUGUCAAAGCUGUAGCUUUGAGAUCUCCCUACCUUAAAAUUGAAGACUUGAGCAGGAAGUAUAAACCUCUGCAUAUGCAGUCGAUGACCUUCCCCGCUCUGUGCUACUCCGGCCGAUUCAGUCCCUUCGAGUCUCCUCCUCCUCUGUUUGACAAACAAGAAAAGGAAACGAGGGAGAAGAAAGCUGAAGGCAGCGUUCAGGAUAAAUCCCAAACCCCGCUCAGCUAUAACCCGUCGCCUUGGAGGCCGCGCAAAAAGGACCUGUCGUACUGUGAAUGUUGUCAUCAGCCCUUCGCCAGCCUGGAAGAGCACUUGCAGUCUGACCGGCACCGUGCGUUUGUGUUGGAUCCUACGAACUUCAGUAUGAUCGAUCAACUUGUGGCUGAAAUGCUGCCGGGAUUCAACCCUAAUCCAUCUCAACAAUCAGAAGAAACCCUGAACAGGCCGCCGACUCCUGUACUUGUCCAUGACGUCUGUGAACUGGAGCCUCUUACCGAUGUGGAGACGGAGCAUGCAGUUCAGGCCUUGCAGAGACAUUGUUCGUCCUUCAGUCCUCUUCCCUUCGGUGCCGUCAGUCCGUCACAAGGAGCUAAAACCGCCGUCCCGAAUCCUGACACGCUACCUGCUGAUAUUCAGCCUCCAGGGGAAGACUGCAAGUCUCCCGAUAUCCUGCCUCGUGCUUCAAGCCCGGUCAUGCCUGUACUGGUUUCGCUCAACGAACAGCCGGAGAAUGAAGAUCUACCCCCCAGCCUGCGGCCUGCGUCUCCCCUCCCCAAACUUUGGUCCCUACCUCCGGUCCUCAGCCCACAAGUCCCCUACUCCUCUUACGUUAUAGACCCUUACUCGGAUCCUCCUGUCCUCAGUCCUCAGAAGUGCCCCACAGAGGCGGGAGUGGAGCAACCGCCGUGUGAAAUGAGCGCUGCUGAAUACGUGUCGGAACUGAUCUCAAACAUAACAUUUCCUCUUACAGACGCUGAAGCAUCAAACCAAGGAGGUGGUUUUGGAUUUAAUGAACUAUGUUGCAAAAGAGGUUUGGAGUGCACUAUGCUGUCGUCACGAAGGUCUCGUUCUCUCCCUCGAGAGUCGGCUUUGGCAACGAAUCCCAAAAAGCGCUGUCGGUCAGUGAGCCCUGAACCCAGCUGCAGGAAACGGAGGCGGAGAUGCAGCGGAGGCUGGAAAGGACAAAGUUUAGAAUCUGUAAAACCUCAAAGAGUGGCAAAAGUUGAAAGUUGUUUAUUAUUUGACAAGUCCUUGCACCAUACGGAGACUUGUCCGCCUACUACGUGCACUGUUAUUAGUUCAAAGCAGACUUUUAGCUUGUUUUGUUUUCCUACUCCACCGAGUUUCAUUCAGGCACCAAAUCAAAUUGUUGCAAAAACAAGAGACUCCUCUCCCGCACUUGAUAAAUCUCACAGUCAAGAGUCAAGUCAGCGCUCACAGUCCCUCUCCACCUCGGUCUGCAUCGAGUCGGCCCUCAUCCCGGACCUGGCCGCCCUCUGUCCGUCGUCGUCGGAGUCCGACUGGGACCACGACCUGCUGACGCGGCUCGGCCCGACCACGGGUCCGCCCGCGAAGACGACUCCCGCCGAGCAGAACGGCGACCUGGACAAAGAGCUGCUCCACAGGCCGUGCCCCUGGAUGCACGACUCCAGCUACGAGUCGCACCUGUACACCGUCCUCCAGCCGUCGGCGCAGGCCGCCUCUCUGUGCGGGGAGGAAAUGGACUCGGCAGCGUUCUCCAGGACUAUGGUGCAGAUUGUAGAGGUUCAGCACUGACGGCUACUUCCUCAACUUUUGUUUUUGUUUUUUUGUUUUUAAGGAUCCUCUGACCUGGAAGCUGUGAAAGUCAACACAACAGACACUUAAGCUAAUCUAAAUAAGUCAAGCUAACACUGAAUAAAUAUCAUGCAGAUUAUAAUUUAUUGUUCAGCUGUUUUUAGAGAUUUUUAUUUUCCUUUCCUAUGAUUUCAGAGCGACUGGAGGAUCUUAUUUUUUUUUAACCUCUCGUCCUCUUGCCACCGACCACUAAACAAUAUCCUAUAUAUCGUGCUGACCUUAUGGCUGUCAUUCAGCAGCUCAGUCCGGAAACAUGUGGUGGUGCCGAGAAUUUAAUGAGGCUUUUUCUGAAAGCGGAGGGGUGGGGGUGGGGGGGCAUUACUCAAUUACAGUAAGUGCUGCACCUGGAUCAGAUCCCACGUGUGUCAAAGAGUUGACGGUCAAGCAGGCGAAGCGUUCGCAGACCCAGAGGACUGACAACCUGUGAGAUAAAUGGUCUGAUUAAUGUCAUAUACGUCCUCCUGCCGUGUGAAGGUGGGACAUUGUCAAGAGGGGACAUGGCUUCACAGUAGCGCCCUGCAUCACCAGGGUUUUUUUUUUUUUUUAUUAUUAUCUCUCUACUUGACAGGGCUGAGGUCAUCCACCAUUAAUGGCUCUUUAUUGCUCGCAGCAGAACGUUUCAUCAGGUUGUCCAGAAACUGUCGCACUUCAUAUUAAACACGUUACAUGGACGCAGGAAACCGAGAACCCGUCGUUGUCAAAGUGUAAAUUCAAACUCUGUACAGUGUUUUGAAAUAAAUGCUUUCGUGCACAAA